GGAACGUGGUGAACGGCACCAUCGCCCGGCAGAUGGUGGACAUGCUGGUGGAGUCGUCCAGCAACGUCACCAUGAUCCUCAAGUUCUUCGACAUGUUCCUGAAGCUGCGCGACAUCGUCUCGUCCGACGCCUUCCGCCACUUYGUCACCGACCCGCGCGGCCUCAUCUCCAAGAAGGAUUUCCAGAAGGCCAUGGACAGCCAGAAGCAGUACGAGCCCGAGGAGAUCCAGUUCCUGCUCUCGUGCUCCGAGGCCGACGAGAACGAGAUGAUCGACGUGGAGAGCUUCGCCCAGCGCUUCCAGGAGCCCGCGCGCGACAUCGGCUUCAACGUGGCCGUGCUGCUGACCAACCUGUCGGAGCACGUGCCGCACGACCAGCGCCUCAAGACCUUUCUGGAGCAGGCCGAGAGCAUCCUGGACUAUUUCCGRCCCUUCCUGGGCCGCAUCGAGAUCAUGGGCGCGGCGCGGCGCAUCGAGCGCAUCUACUUCGAGAUCAGCGGCGCCAACAAGGCGCAGUGGGAGAUGCCGCAGGUCAAGGAGUCCAAGCGCCAGUUCAUCUUCGACGUGGUCAACGAGGGCGGCGAGGCCGAGAAGAUGGAGCUGUUCGUCAACUUCUGCGAGGACACCAUCUUCGAGAUGCAGAUCGCCUCGCGCAUCUCCGAGGAGGAGGCGCCGCGCGACGAGGAGGAGGAUGAGGACGAUGAGCGCGAGGAUGAAGAGGCGUCGGGGGGCGAGGGCGCGGCCGGGGGGGCGGCGGCGCUGCCGGGGCUGGGGACGCUGCGCCGGCUCCUGGGCCCCCCACCCAGACCCGUCCGUCCCCCCAGCACGGAGAACGGGGAGAAGGGCGGGGGUCCCGAGGGGCCCGAGGAGGCUCCGGAGCCGCCCCCAGCCCCGAAGCGGCGCAAGUCGGUGCCCCGGGAGCGCCGGGAGCCCCCGGCCGAGGGCGGCUUCGACUUCUGGGGGGAGCUGGAGGUGCAGAGGGUCAAAUUCCUGAAUUACCUGUCACGGAACUUCUACAACCUGCGCUUCCUGGCGCUGUUCCUGGCCUUCGCCAUCAACUUCAUCCUCCUCUUCUACAAGGUGUCCGAGCACCCUCCGGGCGCUCCCGAGGAGCCCGAGGGUUCAGGGGCGGCCCCCGAGGAGGACGGGGGUGUCCCGGGGGGCGCGGAGGCGGCGGGGGGACUGGAGGAGCCCGAGGUUUAUUAUUUCCUGGAGGAGAGCACGGGUUACAUGGGCCCGGCGCUGCGCGGGCUGGCGCUGGCACAUACCCUGGUGGCUUUCCUGUGCAUCAUCGGCUACAACUGCCUCAAGAUCCCCCUGGUGAUCUUCAAGCGGGAGAAGGAGGUGGCGCGGCGCCUCGAGUUCUCGGGGCUCUACAUCACCGAGCAGCCGCCCGACGACGAUGUCAAGGGCCAGUGGGACCGCCUGGUGCUCAACGCCCAAUCCUUCCCCAGCAAUUACUGGGACAAGUUCAUCAAGAGGAAGGUGCUGGAGAAGUACGGGGACAUCUACGGGCGGGAGAGGAUCGCGGAGCUGCUGGGGAUGGACCUGGCCAGCCUGGAGAUCGGAGCGCAGGGCGAGCGCAGAAUCAUCCUGCUGGCCAUCAUCCAGGGUCUGAUCAUCGAUGCCUUCGGGGAGCUGAGGGACCAGCAGGAGCAGGUGAAGGAGGACAUGGAGACGAAAUGUUUCAUUUGYGGCAUCGGGAGCGACUAUUUCGACACGACGCCCCACGGCUUCGAGACCCACACGCUGGAGGAGCACAACCUGGCCAACUACAUGUUUUUCCUGAUGUAUUUGAUCAACAAGGACGAGACGGAGCACACGGGGCAGGAAUCUUACGUGUGGAAGAUGUACCAGGAGCGCUGCUGGGAUUUCUUCCCGGCCGGUGACUGCUUCCGCAAGCAAUACGAGGAUCAGCUGGGAUGAACCCCCGGAGCCCCAAACCCCCUUCCCAAAACCCCUUCAAGUGCCUUUUAUUGCCCUCCUUCCCCAAGAAACGCUGCUGAGUGUCACUGGCUCGUUACUGACCCCCUGAACAAUCCCCAAAAAGACCCCAAACACCCUUUAAGUGCCUUUCCCCCUCCCCAAUAAACGCUGCCAAAU